AUGGCUGAAUCAAGCUUUUUCGCUAGAAACAAGGCCGCCAUUGCCCUCACGGUGCUUGCCAGUGCCGGUGCCGUGGGUGCUUAUCUCUACUAUGCCCAGCAGCAGGUAGAGGGUGGCAUUGAAAAGGAUGCUAGUGGACAGAAGAAGAGCAAGAAAAACAAGAAGAAGAAGUCCAAGGGCGCCAAGGACGCUGCUGCUUCUCCAGAGGCUGCUGCUAAGCCAGCUGACUUGGACUUGACCGAUGCUCCAUUCCCAGUGAACGAGGCUGGCGAGCCAGCUUUUGGCGACGAGGACGUGGAGAAGUUGUCCGAGGAACAGAAGGAGGAGUGGGCACUUGCUUUGAAGAACGCAGGUAACUCCAAGUAUAAGAACAGUGAGUUUGAGGCUGCCAUUGCGUUCUACUCGGCCGCUUUGAAGGUCAAGCUCGACCCUGUGUUCUACUCGAACAGAUCUGCUUGUUACUCGUCUUUGGGCAACCACGAGGCGGUGAUCAACGAUGCUACUGAGGCCAUCAAGCUUAAGCCUGACUACACGAAAUGUAUCUUGCGUCGUGCCACUUCCUACGAGGAAUUGGGUAACUACCCGGAUGCCAUGUUUGACUUGACUGCGUUGACCGUUUACGGUGCUUUCAACUCUAAGUCUGUUGAACAGCGUUUGGAGAAGGUGUUGCAGAAACAGUCUAUCAAGGUUGUCACUGCCCAGAUGGAGAACCACUCUCCUUCCUUGCCUUCUGCUGGCACUUUGGCUUCUUUCUUUGGCGCUUUUGUCCAUGAAACUAACCCAGAGGGUAUUUCUGAAGAGUCUACUGGCGCUGACAAGUUCUUGUGGGAACUUAUUGACGCUAUCUUCUCUAAGCGUGCUGAUAAAUACGAUGAGCUCGACAAUUACGUUGCCAAGGUCGUUGCUGGCUACGAAGACGAAAACGUUACCGCUGACUCUGCCAGUGCCACCAAGGCCACUAUUGCUUACGAAUAUGCCACCAUUGUCUCUUUCUUGAAGGGCGACAAGGACCACGUCAAGGAGUACAUCAAGAAGGCCUUUGACUUGAAGCCUCGUGCUCGUACUUACGUUGUUAGAGCCCUUAUAACCUCCGACGAGGGUUCUAUUGCCGACCUGGCUGCCGACUUCGAGAAGGCUCUGCAGCUCGAUCCUAAGAACGCUGACUCCCCAUACCAAUACGGCCAGCUUCACUACCUUUUGGGUAAAUACGAUGAAGCCGAGCUGUACUUCAUCAAGGCUAAGGAAUUGAACCCAGACAACCUUUUCGCCUACAUCCAGCAAGCUUGUGUUGUCUACAAGAAGGGCCAGUAUGAGGACGCUAUCAAGUUGUUCGACGAGGCCAAGCUCAGAUUCCCAACUUCUCCAGAAGUCUUGAACUACUACGGUGAGAUCCUCGCCGACAGAAACGAAACCCAGGCUGCCAUCAAACAAUACGACAUUGCCAUCCGUUUACAGAGAGACUUGGCUGGUGUCGGUAUUGGCGCCACCCCAUUGAUCAACAAGGCCAUGUUGUUGCAGAGAGACGGUUUGGAUGACAAGGGAGAAGCCGCUGCCUUGUUCGAGAAGGCCGUUGAGGUUGACCCAAAGAGCGAGGCCGCCCUCAUUGGCUACGCCCAGGUGAAGUUGAGUCGUGAUAAGGCCGAGGAGGCUAUUCCUAUGUUUGAAGAGGCAUCUCGCUUGUCUCGUACCUUUGAAGAGAAGGUGCUGGCCACGUCCUUUGCCGAAGCUACGAAGAUGCAGUUGAGGAUCAAGGCCGAUCCUACCUUGACCAAGAAGAUGGAGGAGAUUCUCCUGUUGCAUUCUGCCCAGGCUCUCCGUUAA